GGCGCGGUAGUCUGUCAAAUCAAACGCCGUUGUCUGUGCGUGUUGCUUACCUGAAUCGCGCGCGCGACGAACGAGGGGUGCGGGUUUCGAAAAGUGUAUGCGAGUUUCCUGGGGCAAGGUCUUCAUCGAAGACCUUUGAAGCCCAAAGAUAAAUGUCAAGAAUGCCGGCUACCUCGUCUGGCUAUUUCGGCGAGAAAGUUGAGAGUAUCGAGGAUUACGCAGUACUGCAUCAGUUAGGUAAAGGUGGCUUUGCCAGCGUCUACCUGGCAAAAUGUAAAAAAACCGGCAGGGAGGUCGCUAUAAAAAUGAUUGACAAAAAGUUAAUGCAAGCAGCUGGGAUGGUCGGUAGAGUGAGACAAGAAGUGGCCAUCCAUUCUCGUCUUAAGCAUCCUUCUAUUUUGGAACUAUAUACAUUCUUUGAGGAUUCAAAUUAUGUGUAUUUAGUUUUGGAGUUGUGUCAUAAAGGAGAGUUGCAGAGACAUUUGAAGGAGCGAGCCAGACCUUUUUCAGAGCAAGAUGCUGGACAUAUAAUUAAACAAGUGGUUCAAGGAUUAUUAUAUCUACACUCUCACCAAAUUCUACACAGAGACAUGUCCUUGUCAAAUUUAUUAUUAACCAAUGAUAUGCAAGUUAAAAUAGCAGAUUUUGGAUUAGCAACUCAAUUAUCACGCCCUGAUGAAAAACAUUUAACAAUGUGUGGAACGCCAAAUUUUAUAUCUCCAGAAGUUGCCACAAGAUCAUCUCAUGGCCUAGAAGCUGAUGUCUGGGGUUUAGGCUGUAUGCUGUAUACUCUUCUAGUGGGAAAACCACCUUUCGACACAGACGGUGUGAAAAGUACAUUAACGCGAGUAGUAAUGGCCGACUACGUGAUGCCAGCACAUCUGUCUGACAAUGCCAAAGAUCUCAUUGAUAGGUUGCUGAAAAAGAAUCCGAAAGAUAGGAUCAAGCUACGCGAUAUUAUCAAGCAUCCUUUUAUCACGUCGUUGGAUAAGCAUCGUCAGAACGAUAUUGGUUACACGAGAUUAUCUGGCGAUAAUGACUCUGGCCUGGGUCGCACCCUCUCUUCGUGUGGUCGGCCAAGGUUGCGAUCGAGGUCUGAGGAAAGAGUCUCUAGCAGUCCACUCAUUUACAAUGGUUAUGGUACUGCUGUUAGCGCUAGGAGUGAGCCUCUUUAUACAACACCGACUAGUAUUCACGACUAUCAUAAUUUUAAGUAUCCAAGUUACCAUGGAGUAAAAGAAGAUUCAAUCCUGUCAGGAAUACCCUUGCCUCCGCCAUCGCGUGGUAGCCAGAUAUUCAACUCGCAGUGCGAGAAAACGUCAUCGAGGGGUAGCAAGCAUGAGCUUAGGGACGAGGAAGAGGAACAAACUGAAGCAGCUGCUGUUGCGGCAGAAGCUGCUGCUAUUGUUCGUGCGAGAAGUGAACAUCGGCAGGAUCCGACGCAUGAUAAUUCAACCGAGGCCAUUAGUGUGAAAAUGUCAGUGCUACCACUGUCGACCUUAAGACUGCAGCCAACUCGGCACCGAACGAAAAGUGCUAUACUCACCAUUCUUAACAACGGCGAGGUUUGCGUUGAAUUCAUCAAAAAGAGAAAUAAUAUGGAAAAGAUAAGCGAAGUUUGCAGAAUAUCGGGCGAUGGUCUUCGCAUAAUUCUCUACAAACCAACAGAAGUUCAAGAACCAGGUGAUAAACCUUUGCCACUUCCAUCUCGUGGUGCCGACAGUAUUUUCUCUUAUGAGAGUUUGCCGGCGAAGAACCAUCGUAAAUAUAUGUAUGCUGCGCGAUUUAUCAGUCUUGUACGUGCGAAAACACCCAAGAUAACGAUAUACACGACCAAAGCUAAGUGCCUGUUUAUGGAAAAUGGUCCACAUCCGGACUGCGAGAUACACUUUUAUGAUGGGAUUAAAAUAACGCAAGUAAGUGAAGUGAUAAAAAUAUUCGAGAAGUCCGGUCAAUCAUACGUCGAAGGUGAGAUUCCAUCGGACCUUCAAGAAUACAUCGAUCACUAUACGGAUUCUUACAAGCGCUGUCAGUUAUUGGAAUCAUCGUUGGUGUCUCUUGAAACGGCUACUGGUCAUAUAUACUUUCCAGUGAUCGUUGGACGGAAACCUAGCUCACCUUUAACUGAUUCUACACAGCCGUUACAAGGCAAAGAGAAUCUUUCGCGAGGACCGCCAAGUCCACCAGUGAUGCCUUCUUUCGACGCAACAUGCUCAAUGACUUCGACAAUAAACCCCGGUUUCUCGCAGCUAAGAAGAGCCAAUUCAUUAAGGGUUUCGCAAUCGAAGGCAGUAAAAAUUAGUAUUCCCAAUAUUGGUACGGCUGUGCAAACGCCUUCCGGUGAUAUUAGAGUCGAUUAUAAAGAUGGUUCGGUACUUACUGUAACUCCACAGAACUAUGGCGGUGGAAUAAUGUACGAAAGUCCAACGGGGAAAGUGCUGCGAUUCAAUCAGAAUCAGCCGCAGAGUUCGGAAAUGCCAGCGAUAGUGAGAGAAAAGCUUCGCUACUUGCCCAACAUAGUUAAACUCCUCGUUCAGCCGUCGCACAAGAUAAUACGGUAGUAGAAACAAAAGCUGCAAUACGUGUUUGAUGUCGCUGCACUCACUCACAGUAAUUUUUUGUCUUUUUUAGUCAACUUUAAAAGACGUAUAAUAUUUUUUAUAUAUGGACGUAUAUCUUAAUGAGAUAUUGAUAUGAAUUAUAUGUUAUAUAGAUAAUUUUACUUUAUUUUUGCUAGUAACAUACAUAUUAGCACAAUAAAUAGCUACUCAACGAAUGUUCUCUCUGGUAUUAUAAUUCUAAUUGUAGAAAUUCUUGGAAAAUAUUUUACUAAUGAUCUCAUUUUGUUGAAUAUUUUUAUAUGGCUAAAUUAUAACUAACAUUCUACUUUUUUCGUUUCACUUUCAUGUGUUUUACGCCUUAAUAAUUACUAUAUCGGCAAUCUACGAAAUUUGGUUUUCAUGACGUAUAUAAAAUUUUUUGGUGAAUUAACUUAUUUGAUUUCUAUGUGUUAUGAGUUAUUGUGAAUUGAGUAUUUAAGUAAUUUUAAUAGUUUCUCUUCUGUGAAGAUUUACUGAGAUUUUAUAAGUUUUCAAGUAAGCAGUUUGUAAUCUUUUCUUUUUUUAACGAACAAAAUUUAAUUUAUACAAACUGAUAACUUAUCAGAAUUUCGUUCACGUACAAGAAGAUUAUGUUAAAAAAUACUAAAAUGAAUACCUAACUUGCUGAGUCAUAAAAAGCUCAAUUGUACUUUAUUGUAAUGAUUCUAUUGACCUUAGUUGAACCGCUGAGGAACUGUAUGAAUCAGAUAUGUACAUAUUUGCAAGCUAAGUUUUUUUACUCUAAUCUAUGCGUAUGACUGAGGAUCUAUAUAUUUCUGCAUGAUAACAGAAAAAUUAUAUAAACAAAAAUAUCUAAUUUACAAAAGUUAAUAAAUUAGCAAAUUUUAAAACAAUCGUUGUUAUUUUAAACUACCAUAAAAGUGUCCAAACAGCAAACGUACAUGCACGCACGCGUUCGUCCGAUUUUUCCGCGUCAUAACGAGGCGUAAACACAAAAGGCAUAAAAGCGCCCACUUGCCCCAUUCAAUUCCAUCUUCGCGCGAGUAGGAGAAAAGAGAGAAGGCAAUUUGCGCGCCAAGCCUUGUUUUUUACGCCGCGGACGAGAGCAGCGACGAUUCGGGACACGCGCUUUUUGCUACUAGUUAGAGUAUGCUUCUCCUCUCGUUUCCUUCUUGUAAAAGUAUGUCGUCGUCGUCGUCACUUUCUGAGAAAUCGGCUUUUCUUCGGCUUGCGGAUUCUGUAUGCCCGGACAAUUUCAUUUUACAUUUUAAUCGUGAAAUCGUCAGAUGUUAUCAUUUGCCGAUGUGUAUAAUUACGUUAAUCUUACGUCACAGUCAUAUAAACGAUGUCUGAACAGCCACUUAUAUUUGAUAUUCGCUCAAGCUCAAGUUACAUAAAUAGCGAUAAGGCGAACACGUCAAUCCUCCGUGUGCAUCAAACGCACUUGACGCUAAUCCACUCAUACCGAUCCAACGACGACUGUUUUCUCUUCUCUUUCUCUCGUGAAUGGAAGAAAAAAAGACCCUCUCGUUUGGCUUUCGACUUUUCAUGAAGGUCGGAAAUGAGAAAAUAGAAGCGUUCGUUCGUGCGAUAACUAUAAAGCGCCGAUGAUCAAACGGAAGGAUUACUUUCACCUGCUGCUGUUAGUAGAAAAUAAUUUUCACCGGUGGCCAGCCGCAGGGUCAAGGCACGUCGUUUCGGCCAAUCAAUUGCUGUUGCCUCUCAAGUGAAUUAACGCCAAUCCUCAUAAGCUUAUGAAUACUCUUGGAACCAGUGUUUCUAUUCAUUAAGAGAACAUCCGUGAGCUUUUCACAAUAACAUUAUAAAAAACCACGACACUCAAUCCAUCACGCGUACUUUUCACGCAUUGCACAACAACGCGUCUCACUUUUUUUUUCCUCUUUCUCGAACAAAAGCUGGAAACGAUAUUACGCGCUUCUUGUAUGUACAUGCACUUCCUUUUGGCGCUUGGUAACGCUAUACGUAUACACAUCAAUUAUUCUCCUUUCUGUGCACAUGUCGCUCGUUAUGCAACCCACGACAAAAUCGGCGAACACGAUGAGAAAGCGAGAGAUUGGUUCUGUGGAAGAUCGUGCGUUUUGAACGAAAUCGAGGAUAUGUACGCGUUAAUAAUGGCAUUAUCGUAUUUUGCGAAUUCAUGUUUUUUUUUUUUCGUGGCGCAACGCGAACAAGUGUACGAAGCUAUAGGCGCGUUAAUGAGUUCAAUUUAUGAUUUGUGCCGGCCAACGCGCGAGGAAAUUGCAAACACACGUGAAAAUUAUCCAAGAGUGCAAAUAUUAUUUUCUCCGCGAUGUACAUGUGAAUUUUACGAUCGACAGUGACUGCAUAACUGAGAAACAGAAUUUAUCGCAAAAAGACACAAUUUUAAAAAUUCAACUCGCAUCGC